AUGGAACAAGAACAUGCAUUUAACACCAUCAAAGAAUGUUUAUGUAAAGCACAUGUUUUAGCACUUCCUAAUUUUGACAAAACUUUCGAGAUUGAGUGUGAUGUAUCAGGAAUAGGUAUUGAAGCAGUUUUGAUGCAGGAAAAGAGGCCGAUAGCAUACUUUAACGAGAAACUAAGUGGGGCAGCUCUUAACUAUCCUACUUAUGAUAAGGAGCUUUAUUCUCUAGUUCGAGUUUUGGAGACAUGGCAACACUACCUAUGGCCAAAGGAGUUUGUUAUUCACACCGACCAUAAAUCAUUGAAAACAUUUGCUGGGUCAAGGUAUGUGCUUCUCACUUCUUUAAGUGCGAAAUUAUUUGGUUUUGAGUAUGUUAAGGACAUGUAUGAAAACGAUCUUGAUUUUUCUAGCGUCUACAAUUCAUGUAAUAAGGGGGCUAUUGACAAGUUCUUUAAGCAUAAGGGGUAUUUGUUUCGAGAAAAUAAAUUAUGUGUUCUUAAUUGCUCAAUGCGUGAAUUGUUGGUUAGGGAGGCACAUAGUGGGGGUUUAAUGGGCCACUUUGGGGGUUUGGUGGGACUAAAAAUGGGCAUGAUUCAAUUUUGUGUGGCGGAUAGGUUUAGUAAAAUGACACACUUUAUACCAUGUCACAAAACCGAUGAUGCCACUAACAUUGCGGACUUGUUUUUCAAAGAAGUAGUGCGUUUGCAUGGUGUUCCCAAAAGUAUUGUGUCCGAUAGGGAUGUUAAGUUUCUUAGUCACUUUUGGCGGGUCUUGUGGAAUAAGUUAAGCACGAAAUUAUUAUUUUCUACAAUUUGCCACCUACAAAUCGAUGGUCAAACUGAAGUAGUGAAUAGAACAAUGACACAACUAUUGUGCAUUGUGGUUAACAAAAAUCUUAAGAAUUGGGAAGAAUGUUUGCCUUUCAUUGACUUGGAUGAGAAAAAGAAAGCUGAAUUGGUGAAAACACUCCAUGAAAAGGUAAGGGAACAAAUAGAGAGGAAGAACAAUCAACGCACAACACAAGCAAACAAAGGUCGGAAAUAUGUCACUUUCGAAUCAGGAGAUUGGGUUUGGGUGUAUUUCAGAAAAGAGCGAUUCCCAGAGCAAAGAAAAUCAAAGUUAUUGCCACGAGGAGAUGGACCGUUCCAAGUGAUUGAGAAGAUCAACGACAACACUUAUAAGAUAUAUCUUUCAGGUGCAAAUUCGAGGUCAAAUCUUUUCGAAGAGGGAGGGGAUGACGUGAUCCAGGAAGCACAAGUACCAAAGUCAAGUCCAGAGUUGAGCUCGAGGAAAGAUCCGUUGAUAAUCGAGGGGCCGAUGACGCGAUCGAGGGCCAAGCGCGUGAAAGAGGCGAUGAGACUGCUCGUCAAAGCAACCGGUUGA